AUGUACUUCAUCGUCUCUGUGGUGGGUGCCCAGGUGUCCAUUAACAGGUAUAACUACAGGGUCCCUCCAAACCUCAGCUUCCUGAUAGACGACGCAGAAGCAGAGUGGCAGUUCCAUCAAAAAUUCGACCUGGUCCACGGCCGGAUGAUGACUGGCUCCCUCAAGGACUGGGACCGCUUCUAUACCCAAUGCUACGAUAACAUUACCCCAGGCGGAUAUGUUGAGAUGCAAGAUAUCUGCCUCCCGCUGAGGGCCGACGACGGCACACUAACGGCAGACCACGCCCUGGACAAAUGGUCGCGGCUAUGUCUGGAAGCCUGCGAGAAGCUCGAGAGGCCGCUUGACGUGGCGAAGAGCCACAAGAGCCGCAUGGAGGCAGCUGGCUUCGUGGACGUGGUGGAGGUGGUGCACAAGUGGCCGCAGAACUCAUGGGCAAAGGACCCCAAGCUGAAGGAGAUCGGCAACUGGACGAUGACGAACAUGCUGGAGGGUCUGCAGGCGCUGACCAUAGGGCCGUUUACGAGGGGACUGGGCUGGAGUUUGGAGCAGGUCGAGGCGUUUUUGAUAGACGUGCGGAAUGACGUCAAGAACAGGAAAUUGCAUGUUUACUGGCCGAUGUAA